AUGAAACUGAAUCAAAUAGAUAAAUUUGAAAAACUCAAUCCAACAAUAUCCGUAAAUAUUUACAUGUACGAAGUCAAAGGUGAUGAUAAAUUUAUACGUCCAAUUCGCGUUACAAAAAAUGUAAAGUUAAAUCAUGUUCACCUACUAUUGAUCACGAAAGCAAUACGACCAAAAAAACCAAAUCAGGAUCAAAAUUUGCAAAUUCAAUCGCAUUAUUGUUGGAUCAAGCAUUUAAGUCGAUUGGUAACCGCUCAAGUAACGAAGCAUAAAUGUAGACAUUACUUCUGCGAUCGAUGCUUGGAUUUUUUUCAAACUUCGGAAAAACUGAAAAAACAUAUCGAUCAAUGUAUGAGACAGAACGAGUUCGCAAUUGAGAUGCCAGCGGAGGAUAAAAAUAUAAUCCAAUUCAAGAAUUGGCAGAAUCAGCUUGAAUGCCCAUUCAUAAUUUAUGCCGAUGUCGAAGCGCUAUUAAAAGUACCUGAUGUGCCAGUUUUCAAAGGCAAAAAGCGAGAAAUUGCGGCUUAUCAGGAGCAUGAAGUUUACAGUGUCGGGUAUUAUUUUAAAUGUUCUUUUGACGAGUCGAAAUCAUUUUAUGCGAGUAAACGUGGUCCUGACUGUAUCGAUUGGUUUGUAGACCAGAUGAAAACUGCUGCUGAAUUUGCUGCCCAACAUCUCAAUAAUAUAAUUCCGUUGAAUAUGACUGCUGAACAGGAGCAACGUUUUCAAAAUACGCACAUUUGUCACAUUUGUGAAAAACAAUUUGAUUCCGAUUCCAUUAAAGUGAGGGAUCAUUCCCAUUUGACGGGUGAAUUUCGCGGUGCCGCACAUCAAGAUUGUAAUUUGAAUUACGUGGAAAAUCGUGCUAUUCCGGUAGUUUUUCACAAUUUGACUGGCUAUGAUUCGCAUUUUCUGCUGCGCAAACUAGCCAACGGUUUCGCGGGUGACAUGCAGAUUAUCCCAAUCAACACGGAAAGGUACAUAUCUUUUUCAAAAACCGUUGAGGGGACGGCCCAGCCAUUCAAAGAGGACAUCAAACUGAGGUUCAUCGAUUCAUUUCGAUUCAUGGCUGAUUCACUGGAUACUCUUCCAUCCUUGAUUCCAUCAGAGAAAAAGCGUAUUCUGAGGACCGAAUGUAAGCACUUGAGUGAAGAGCAGCUGAAAUUAUUGGAGAGAAAGGGCAUUUUUUGCUAUGAUUACAUUGACAGCUGGGAAAAACUAAAUGACACAUCGCUGCCAUCCAAAGAGGCUUUCCAUAGUACCUUGACUAACAGCUCGAUUACUGAUAAAGAUUACGAUUUCGCGAAAGAGGUUUGGGAUAAAUUUAAUAUAAAAGACUUAGGUGAAUAUUCCGACCUCUACUUAAAGACUGACGUGCUUUUAUUGGCAGAUGUGUUUGAAAAUUUCCGUAAAACAUGCCAAAAUAUUUAUAAAUUAGAUCCAGCGAACUACUAUACAGCUCCCGGACUUUCUUUCGAUGCCAUGCUACGAUAUACAAAUGUUCAACUUGAGCUCUUUACGGAUGUCGACAUGCUCAUGUUCGUUGAACGUGGAAUUCGCGGAGGCAUAAGCCAAUGCAGUACGCGAUACAUUCAAGCUAAUAAUAAAUUCAUGGAUAAUUAUAAUCCAAAUAAAGAAACCAGCUAUAUCAUGUACCUCGACGCCAAUAACUUAUAUGGCCAUUCGAUGAUGCAGCAUUUACCACAUAAUAAUUUUCAAUGGUCUGAUGUUAAAUUUGAUCGAGAAACAAUUCUGAAUCUUAAAGAUGAUGCUGAUAUUGGCUAUGUUUUCGAAGUAGAUCUCGAUUAUCCGAAAGAGUUGCAUGAUUUACAUAAUGAUUACCCGUUUUGCGCUCAAAAUAUGCACGUUCCAGGCAAAAAAGGUAAUGCUGAAAUUGGCUCUUCAGCAUGGGUUAGUUUUGAGGAAAGUACAUCGUGUCCUGCAGUUCAACCAAACAGCCUGGCUCAAGCCUUACAUUCAGCUGAACACGGAAAUGAGAACGCGAGCUACUAA